GACGCAAAACAGUUAGAACUGGACUCGGCGUUAGCAUCAUCGGCUAACGGAGCGGUUAAAGAUCUCCAUUUAACACUAACAUUAACAUUAACACUAACAUUAACACCAACACCAACACAGAGAGCAGGUGUGUGCAGACGGACUGCAGCCAUGGUGUAAAAGAGUUUUGUGACUCUUACUCUGGAUCUAGAUCUCCUGCCUCUGUCUCUCCUCCACACCUCCACCAUGUCAGGUAGCUACACUCCAGCUCCUGGAGGUCCAUUCUCAGCUCUUACUCCCAGCAUGUGGCCUCAGGACAUCCUUGCCAAACACCACCAGAAAGACCAGAACCUAGAAUCAGAACCUCAGUAUGAUGAGUUCGGCUUCCGGAUCAGCAGUGAUGAUGGGGUGGAGGCACGUGAUUGGCUGCGGGGUGAUGGAGCUCCACAGAGAGAAGACCCCCAGCAGAGGCUACGCUGGCAGGCUCACCUGGAGUUCACACACAACCACACAGUGGGAGAUCUCACCUGGGACCUGAUCUCCCCCAUCCUGCCCCGCUCCGAUCGCCUCCGCUCGCUCGUCCUGGCCGGAAUACCGCACAGUAUGAGACCUCAGUUGUGGAUGCGUCUGUCCGGAGCUCUCCAGAAGAAAAGGACUUCUGAUAUUUCUUACAGAGAGAUCAUCAAGAACAGCUCCAACGAUGACACUACAGCAGCCAAGCAGAUAGAGAAAGAUCUUCUCCGCACCAUGCCAACUAACGCGUGUUUCAGUACUCUGAGCAGCGUGGGAGUUCCACGCCUCAGGCGGGUUCUCAGGGGACUGGCCUGGCUCUACCCAGACAUUGGCUACUGUCAAGGCACCGGCAUGGUGGUGUCUUGUUUGCUGCUGUUCCUGGAGGAAGAAGAUGCUCUGUGGAUGAUGUGUGCUUUAAUCGAGGACCUGCUGCCUCCAUCUUACUUCUCCUCCACCCUGCUGGGUGUGCAGACUGACCAGCGUGUACUGCGCCAGCUCAUCGUCCAGUACCUGCCCCGGCUGGACCGCCUGCUGCAAGAGCAUGACAUUGAACUUUCCCUCAUCACUCUACACUGGUUCCUCACCUCAUUUGCAAGUGUGGUGGAUAUCCGGGUUCUUCUCCGGAUCUGGGAUCUGCUCUUCUAUGAGGGUUCCAUAGUGCUUUUCCAGGUGACCCUGGGCAUGCUGAAGAUCAAGGAGGAAGAGCUGGUGUCAUCAGAGAACUCUGCAUCCAUCUUUAACACGCUGUCGGACCUGCCGAGUCAGCUGGAGGAUGGUGCGGUGGUGCUCGGGGAGGCGGUGAGACUGGCAGGGUCACUCUCUCAGGACACACUGGACGCUCAGAGACACAAACACCUGGCCUACAUCCUGGCUGAACAGACACAGCUCAACUCCAACAACUCACACACACUCAACACCAGCCUCAAUAAGGUGGUUCGGAGACAGAGUCUGCGCAGGAAGUCCACUCUGAGCUCCCUGCUGUUUGGGGAGGAUGAGGCCGAGGCACUGAAGGCCAAAAACAUUAAACAGACUGAGCUGGUGGCGGCGCUCAGGGAAGCCAUCGCUCGCACCGCAGAACACUUCCACUGUCUAGACCCUGACCACUGCACCACGGACCUGACUCCAGACUAUUCCAUGGAGAGUCAUCAGCGUGACCACGAGAACUUCCUGGUGGUGUCUCGGAACCGCAGGAGGCGGGCUAAAGCGCUACUGGAUUUCGAGCGCCAUGACGACGAUGAGCUGGGUUUCAGAAAAAAUGACAUUAUUACAAUCGUCUCGCAGAAGGACGAGCACUGCUGGGUGGGAGAGCUGAACGGUCUGAGGGGUUGGUUUCCGGCAAAGUUUGUGGAAAUCCUGGAUGAACGGAGUAAAGAGUACUCUCUGGCAGGUGAUGACUCUGUAACAGAGGCUGUAACUGAUUUGGUGCGAGGAACAUUGUGUCCUGCUCUAAAGGCCAUUUUCCAGCACGGUCUGAAGAAGCCCUCUAUACUGGGUGGGCCCUGCCACCCCUGGCUCUUCAUCGAGGAGGCAGCGAGCCGGGAGGUGGAGAGAGACUUUAACUCGGUUUACUCCAGACUGGUGUUGUGUAAAACCUACAGGUUGGAUGAAGAUGGGAAGGUUCUGACUCCUGAGGAGCUGCUGUACAGAGCUGUACAGAGUGUUAAUAUGAGUCAUGACACUGCACAUGCUCAGAUGGAUGUCAAGUUCCGCUCACUCAUAUGUGUAGGACUAAAUGAGCAGGUUCUGCACUUGUGGUUGGAGGUUCUGUGUUCCAGUAUCUCAACAGUAGAGAAGUGGUAUCAGCCCUGGUCUUUCCUGCGCAGUCCUGGCUGGGUGCAGAUCAAGUGUGAGCUCCGAGUUUUGUCCAAGUUUUCCUUUAGUCUCUCUCAGGACUGUGAACUUCCUGCCAAAAAAGAGGAAAAGGAGCAGAGACCCCUGAAGGAAGGUGUCCAGGACAUGCUGGUCAAGCAUCACCUCUUCAGCUGGGACAUUGAUGGAUAGAUCAACACUACACACACACACACACAGGCUUGUACAAAACGUAACAUGUAAACAACUUUAUAUAACACAGAUGAAUGUGUGUGUGUGUGUGUGUGUGUGUGUUCAUAUAGCUGAACAUCUCAGUCAUGGUUUCAACAUUUCUCCAAGGACUUACGAUGUUCCUCUGCAGGAGAACAUGAAGAACCGAGCAUGCUCAGAGCAAUUUCUACAUUUCCAUAGAAAUUUGUUUCUAUCACACACACAGCGUGAAGAGCUCAGUGUGUGUGUGAUGCAGAUGAACUGAAACCUCUCAUUCAUGUGUGUUUUCUCAUGGUUUUGUUUUCCUGAGUGAUGUAAAAGUGUGAUGUGAAGCGUGUGAAGCUCCUUUCUCUGACCUGUGCAGUUUAGUUUGUGUUUUAUACCAUGUCUCUGAGGGACGUCUCUGUCCUGCCCCCACCGCCCUCUGUAAUCAGUCUGUAAGUGUGUGAAUAGAAAGGUUCUGCUCUUGGAUCAGUCAGCUUUAUCACGUGUCCUGCAGAGGAGAUGCACUGAGAUCAGUGUUCACCUUCACCGUGUUCCAGCGAGGUACUGGACCAAGCUCUCCUCUGGACCCAGUUGCAUCAAACACUUAAUAAAUAAUCACUUAUCAGAUAGUGUGUGUGUGUGUAGAUUCUGCUGGAGAGCCCACAGGGUUUUAGAGCAUUUCCUCAGUGUGUGUGUGUGUGUGUGUGUGUGUGUGUACACUUAUUACACACUUAUCAUGUAGAGCAGAAUAAACCUGGCAAAGAAUCUU